AUGCCGACUACCGACGUCAGCGAGCUGAACAUCAUUGCUAUAACACUAGGGACCUUCACUGUAGUCUUCGGAUUGAUUGCUUUCAAAAUCAAGAAUGUCUGGUAUCUCGGCGACGCAUUGCCUUCUGUGCUGGUGGGUAUCAUGCUCGGACCUAUUGCUGCAAGGGUGCUCGAUGCCGACAGAUGGAUAGACUCGGACCUACAAGCCUUAGUGACACUCGGUAUCAUGAGGUUGAUGAUUGGCAUUCAACUCGUCAUUGCAGGCUACCAGCUCCCCAAGCGCUACUUGCGCUUCCGUAUUAGAGAGAUCCUUGUGUGCCUCCUGCCCAUAAUGACACUAAUGUGGCUGGCGACAACGGCAUGCGUGCUUGCGACAAUCCCCAAGAUGAGGAUAUUGCCCGCGCUGAUAAUUGCUGCGUGCGUCACCUCGACCGACCCCGUCCUAUCACAGGCGGUGGCCAAAAGCCCCUUCUCCGACAAGUUUGUCGCGCGGCCGCUGCGCGAGAUCAUUUCGGCAGAAGCUGGUGCGAACGAUGGCUUUGCGUCACCGUUCUUGAUGCUGGGGAUUAGUUUCAUUCUGCAGAUGGCGAAAAGCGACGGAUCAUCGCAGCUCUCGUCAGCGGAAGUUGGAGCUGCGCUGCGGUACUGGGUUGUGGAAGCACUUCUGUAUACCGUGGCGCUGGCGAUCGCCUAUGGAGCUGUCGUGGGGUAUGUUGGCAGGAAGGUCGUGGAGUAUUCAGUGUCGCGGAAGUGGAUUGAUUCGGAGAGUUAUCUCUUAUUCCCGACCGCUUUAGGUCUGUUUGUUGUCGGGACAUGCGGUGCGAUUGGUACGAGCGACUUGCUCGCAUGCUUCAUUGCCGGAUGCGCCUUGAAUUGGGACGGUCGGUUCCAUGCAGAAACAAAACGACGGCAUGACGAGGUCAAUAAUUGCGUUGAUGUGCUCCUGAGCUAUGGCGGAUUUAUGUUUAUCGGCGUGACUCUACCAUGGGACCAAUUCCAUCAACCCGACAUCACAGGUAUAACCUGGGCAAGACUGAUCGGCCUUGGCUUCAUAGUGCUCAUAUUCAGACGCAUUCCAGCGCUACUUGUUUGCUGCAAGAUGAUGCCGGCAGUAGUCCAAAACUGGAAAGAGGCCGUAUUUAUGGGAUACUUUGGUCCCAUUGGAGUCGGCGCUAUCUAUUAUCUCGAGCAUACACAGUUGAUGCUCCUAUCUCUCGGAAUGGCAACGCAAGAUGAGCAGGACCUGUUGUUGGCGCUGACGCCGGUCGUGUAUUUUCUUGCCUUCUUCUCGAUUGUGGUGCAUGGACUGUCUAUCCCAGCAUUGAAUGCAGCGUAUACAUUCUGCGGCACUGAGCCUUUAAAGGAAGAUGCCGAGCAGAUCCGCCGAAGGAGUGUCUAUGUCGCCACCCCGACAAACGCUAUUAGAACGGAGGACGGCAGAUUCAUUGCUUUCAAUCGCUUUGAUCGGCCGGACGAUGGCGAGGAUUCUCAUGUCAAAGUAAACAUUCUGCCUCGUUUCCAGCGACCUAGUUAUCUACCACGCGAAAAUUCGACCAAUGAGACACUGGCAGUUCAUAGCAGCCUAGGAGAUAGUGACACAGGGAAAGCAGGAGGUAACCGCAUUGUGCGCCAUGACAGCAUGGAAGGUCCAAAAGGCGAAAGGCUUGUUUAG